AUGAAAGGCGACAGCAACAACAAACAAUUUGCUACCACAGAUACCGCGAAAGAGGUGCUCACCCCAAGAAAUCUGGAAGACCUUUUCGAGACUCUUAUCACUAGCUGUACGGAGAAGUCAAAGUUUGGGAUCGACAAGCAUGAAUUUUCCAAGCUGGUGCAACACAGACACCUCCACGACUUCCUUGCAGUGCUGUUGUUCGCGAUGUGCCCUGUGGAAGCGGCGCAAUCUUUUACUAAGAAGCUUGUUUGUGGAACUACCUGGACAGACUACAUGAGUCCGAGCAGCGCCACCACCCACACUUCUCGGCGAAGCCUUCUACCAGCAGAUCGGGCUUUCCUCGAGGAAGUUUUUGGCUCCGAUGAUACAACCGUGGACUUAUUCUACAAGAACCAAGCAUGUUUCGCUACAGUCGUCAUUCGCAGUGGACCUAAAGAGAUUGGAACUGUUGUGAAGAGUCUAGACACUUGCCGGCUUCCAUGGCUUGAGGAGAAGCACUUGGGAUCUGGGUCCUACGGAGAUGUUUACAAGGUCGUGGUCGCAAAAGGCCAUUUCGUGGUCAAGGGAUACGCAAAUCCCGAACCAGAAGCGUUGGCACGCAAAGACUACAAGGUCAAGUCUGCCAUCAACUUUAGGGAGGAGGCUGAGACUAUGAGGAAAAUUCUUCGAAGUACAUCAAAGCACGACAACAUUCUGGAGAGUAUUGGCACUCUCGAGAUUGGGACUAACCCAUUGAGAUUCAGUCUUUUUAUGGAGCUUGCAAUCGACAGCCUGGAGAACUAUUUGAUGGUCAGGGAUCCCGGGCCGAAACUGGGCGCCGAUGCCAGAAUACGAAGCCUCAAAUCUGCAUGGGGUCUCGCCGACGGGCUACAUUUUCUUCAUACGCAAAUGAAGACGCCCGACAUGCAGAAGAUGGUGUGUUAUCAUAUGGACUUGAAACCCAGCAACAUUCUGAUAUUCAAGGACACGCGCCAAGGAAGUCAUGAAGAAGAUUUGAUUUGGAAAGUAAGCGAUUUUGGGAUGUCCAGAGUCAAGAUGCCCCACAACCCAACUUCGUCAAAUGUUGGAGAACGGGAUAUUGAUUUCAAUACAAUGUUCAACAAAAACACUCAUUCUGAUACGAUGUCCGGAACUCAAGGCCGUGUUGGUAUGGGCACAUACCUUCCUAGCGAGGCUCUUUCGCCUGAAAGAAGUAUGAAUCAAAAGAGCGAUGUCUGGUCGCUUGGAUGCAUCAUCAGCAUUCUUUUUACGUAUCUAGAAGAAGGCGCAGAAGGAAUCCAACAAUACCACGAAUCGAGGCGCAAAGAAAACGGAAAUUCGGAGGAGUUUUUCAAGAAGAGCAUUGUUCUAGGCUAUAGGGUUUGCCCAGCAGUGAAGCAAUGCCACAGAAAGCUCAUCGCCAAAGCCAACUCCCGCAAUACUCUAGAAAAGAGGCCAGUGAGCUUCAUGCUUGAUUUCCUGGAGAACAGGGUCCUUCAGCCUGUCCAGAAGGAUCGAUGUGAUGCCAAAAUGGUAGCAGAACACUUGGCAGAGACGGUUGAGAGGUACAAGGGAACAGCAGUCCCAAAAGGAUCGGCCGAGGAGCUGAAGUCGAAGCAGCGCUUGCUAGACAAGCUCAUAUCACUGCCAGAGUGA